AUGGAAAUAUUGUUGUGGUUUUUAGAUCGAGAGGUGGUGGAGAGAACUCCACGAAAGGUUAGAAAAGUAUUACAAAGAAAAAUUGUCAUAUCUGAAAGAACAAGGUUACUACAACCCUGAUAAUGAAAGAGACAGGUAUGUAUAUUAUCAUAUAUUAACCCUGUAGUAUGUUUUAUGAUUUGUUUAUUAAUGCUAAAAUCAGGGCUGCCCAGAGAGAUUUGGGGGCUCAGGGCAAAAUUUGACUUGGGGUUCCUUGAGAUUAUAUCUUUUAGUACUGCAUUAUGCUAGGGAGUGGAUGGUCCGGGGGAGAAUGGAACAGAAAAAUUUUAAAAUUUGAGGUCCUAGAAUGGCAAAAUCUUGCACACUCUGUAACAGUAUUUGAGAGUUUAUAUUUACUGCAUAUUUUUUUUGCAAGUUGCCCCUUUGCCCCCGCCCCCCUCCUGCCCUCUGGGCAGCCCUGGCCAAAAUGAUUUGCAAUUAACGUACAUUGCUCAUGCUAAAAAAACUGUUAGCAGAAUUUCAUUUCCACAGAUAUAGUGUAUUUCCUUUAUUCAUGUUUCACAUACAAAACAAAGCUAUAGCUAUAACCACACAAUUAUGCUAUUUGUAGAUUUGUACUGGCUUACCUUUUUAUUCCUAUCCUACAAAAAGAACUGGAUGAUUUCAAGGAGACAAUAUGGAACAGUCAUCGAAUUAGAAAGCAAAAAGACACAUAUUUACCAGAUGGUGUUCCCAACCAUAUUUAUCAGUUCCCUGAAGAAUAUGGACUGAAGGAUUGCUGUAAGCAUUUCUUAAAAUAGGUUCUAUUGCAUUUAUGUGUUUACACAUCAAUUACGUACAAGUUGACUCAUUGCCUUAAUUGAAUAUUAGUUUGUCUCGACUUCUCCCAAAGCCUUUAUAGGUUUUUUAGCAGGUACUGUACCUAAGCUAAAUCAAUUACUCUCCUGGUGAUAGUAAUUUAUAAUUGUAUUUUGUGUUCCAGCAUGGCCUGUCACAGUUGAGCAGUUAAAGGAGGCUACUAUUCAGUCUGAAUUGUUGGACUAUGAAGAAAAGUAUAUACCUGACGACAUCAAAGCCAGAUGUGAAGAACUGAUCCCCAACCCAGUUGAUGUUCAACCAAAGGAUUGUGUUGAUGCAUUUUUAUAUUUAAAAGAAGGAGUGGAUUCUAUCUAAUAGAUUGUUGCAGGCAUGUAAGUCUGCCCAUGGAUUGAUCAACUGUACUAAAAUAUAUUGCUUAUUCUACAAGGGCACCCACUACAUGCAGGUAAAUGUAUAAGAAGCAUAUCUUGUGAAUGGCAUAUUGCAGAAUGGAAUGUAACUGCAUGUAAUACAUUCAGUAAAAAUAACAUUAACAUUAACAGCAUUG